GAGCCGUCGGAGCAGCUGGAGCGCUGGUCCCGAGGUGAGCGCCGCCGCAGGGCGGCCCCCAGCCAGUCCGAGGCCGGAUGCUGGCGAGCCGGACGGUUGGUGAUUAAUCAGUCGUAGUCCAACAUGCAGAAGUGAGUGGGUGAAAAGCAGCAGAACUGAUGGGUCAUGAGGAUUUAGUUGGAGUCAGUGCAGUGGAAGGUUCUCUUUAUUGAUUCAAUUCAUGGACACAGUGAAAAAUCAACAAUUAUGAAGAUAAAACCAUGAUCAGGGUGAUCGGAUGGGAUCUGUGCGUAGAAAUAUCUCAACACAAGAAUUUUUAACAGAAUCAUGAAUAAACUGGAGGACAAGAAGGACCAGAUGAUACCAUGAAGAGAAGUUUACAGGCCCUCUAUUGCCAACUGUUAAGCUUCCUCCUGACCUUGGCGCUGACCGAAGCUCUGGCGUUUGCUGCCCAGGAACCAUCUCCCAGGAACUCUCUUCAGGUCCUGCCUCCCGGCACCAUGGUGACCCCACCGCUCAGCUCCACCAGUCGCUCCGCCCUGGUGGCCGCCCCCUCCAGCAUGACCUUGAGCCCCCGUCCUGAUGGGCCCUUCUCACAGGCCGAAGCCACCGUGGCAGCAGCAACACCCUAUCCAGAGGGACACCCUCCUGCAAACACCGCCUCCACCACGAUGGCCACGGCAACAGGGCCCCUUCCUGCGGCCACGACCACAGCCACAGCCAUGGCCACCUCCCACCCAGAGGGCCACCCCCUAGGGGAGGCUGGGCCCACCAUCCUGCUGACAAAGCUGCCUGCAGCCACCAGCCGCCCCAGCCCAGCACCCACCCAGGGGGCCACACGCAGGCCCCCCAGACUGCCUGGCUCUGCCCGAAGGGGGGCUGGCGGUUCAUCCCGCCCCGUCCUGCCCGCACUUGGGGGCCCCUCGGGAAGAAAGGAAGGCCCGCGGGGCAGGAAUCAGAGCUCCGCACACCUGGGGCAGAAGCACCAGGGGGUGAGAGCCUCUCAGGUCCUCAGAGGCAAUGCCACAGGGUCCGCGGAGCCCGAGCCCUCCACCCUCACACCCUGGAAUUCCUCCUCCUCGCCACAGCCCCAGACGGUGGCCGCAGCCACGGCGCCCAGCAGGACCACAUGGGCACCAGGCACCACCCCCUUGGUGCGCACGGCAGCCAAGCCGGGCCUUAGAGCAGACCAGGGGGGUGGUCCGACCCUCACCAGCCCAGGAGGGCAGCCGGACGCCGCCACAGCCUCAGGCGCCCCCGCCAGCCCACAACCUGCCCCAGUGCCUUCUCUGCGCCCUCGCGGUGACCCCCACGACAGCUCCAGCCACAGUGACUCCUGGCUCACUGUCACCCCUGGGACCGGCAGGCCUCUGUCCGCCAGCUCGGGGGGCUCCACGGCGGCCCCGGGGCCCCCCCAGGCUGCCUUCGAUACCAGCGUCUCCGCCCCUCCCGAGGGGCUUCCUCAGGGAACAUCCUCAGCGACACCCUCAGCCCCGCGGGCCCCCGCUCACCCCCCUGGGGCCUCAGAAAGCACUGUCCCCCAAGCCGAGGGGGAGGCUGUGGCCGCCCCCAGCAUGAUUGCCCGGCUGCCCCGUCCUCUGUCCACAGUGGUGUCCACCGCCACGGGGAACUUCCUCAACCGCCUGGUCCCUGCGGGGACCUGGAAGCCUGGCCCCGCCGGGAACAUCUCCCACGUGGCCGAAGGGGACUCCCCCCAGCACAGAGCCACCAUCUGCCUGAGCAAGAUGGACAUUGCCUGGGUGGUCCUGGCCAUCAGCGUGCCCAUCUCCUCCUGCUCGGUCUUGCUGACAGUGUGCUGCCUGAGGAGGAAGAAGAAGGCAGCCAACCCAGAGAACAACCUGAGCUACUGGAACAACGCCAUCACCAUGGACUACUUCAACAAGCACGCCGUGGAGCUGCCCAGGGAGAUCCAGUCCCUCACCACCUCUGAGGACCAGCUCUCCGAGCCGCGCUCCCCAGCCAACGGCGACUACAGAGACACAGGGAUGGUCCUCGUCAACCCCUUCUGCCAAGAAACACUGUUUGUGGGGAACGAUCAGGUAUCUGAGAUCUGACCGCAGCCGCCCUCGCUUUGCCAUGCCCUGCCUUGGGGCUCUAAAUCAUAAAUCUACAAAUAUAUAUUAUAAAUAUAAUCUUUGUGUAACCCUGACUUAAGGAGAAACAUUUUCAGCUUUUUCUUUCCUAAGAAUUGUCAACAUCUUUUUUAUAAGUGUGGUUUAAAAAAAAAAAACUUUACAGAACGAUCGUGGCUUUAUAAAAUAAAGGUCUUUCUAAGCAAAGCAGGUGCACCGAUUGCUUCUCUUAAUAACUGUCCUUGAGCCCUCGCGGGUCCCAGCAGCCCUGGGCAGCGAGGGAAUGUCACGUGCAUGGCCCCGAGAGAGUCUUAGAGCUCAGGUCCCUCUUGAAUCCAUGUGGCCCCGGCCGCCCCCCCUGUGCACACCAGCGAAGGCACCCGGGGGAGAGGACGGCAGUCAUCACUGAAGCAGGAAGUGGCCGAGCAGCAGCCACGGAGGAGCGACCAGCGCCUGACAGCACCGCUGACUGCGGGUCACCCCUCUGAGCAGGCGGGGACCCACGAAGUCCAUCAUAAUCCCAAGGCCAAGCCCCCUGACACCGCAUGACGGGACCUGCUGCCGUGCCAACCGCAGGCCUGCCUUUCCCUGGCGAAGAGAGGCUGCCCGCUGAGAGGCACACGCCUGCCUCCCCCGCAGCACCCACGUCUGCGUCCCACGCUGUGCCUUCCUCCGGAGAGGGUGCCGGAGCGGAUCCGCGGGCUGGAGGGUGCUGGUCCUUCUUCAAGCGUCACUCGUGCCGGGGGGCUCAGCGUCCAGCGUCUCUCAGAAGGCGCUCAGAUAGUGCCCCCGAGGAGGCACUUCUGUGAGAAGCUCAACACUGUAACUUCUAAAUCGCCCUGCGAUCUGACGGCCACGAAAUGGCCAAAGCCAUCGCUUGGGAGAACCAUCCCGUCCUCCUCGGCACUGACGCCCGGUUGGCUGUCAGCACAUGGACUCGCCACCCGGCUCUCGUUUUCCAUCUCCCCGUUCCCCUUCCUCUCCCCCUCCCCCCUGCACCCUCCCUCCGUGGGCGGCCUCCCCACCCCCACUGAGGGUGGCAGACCCUCGGAGACACGCGGGCUUCUGCAUUCUCUCCCUCAUAGGUAGUGGCUGGGACGGGAGAUUAAUGCUGGGACGCUUCCUUUCUCUAAAAGAAAAAUAGCUUGAUAGUAUAUAUUUUGAAUAUAGAUGUUCUUAUAGUCAGAUUGGAAAUCAAACCUAAAUGUUGACUCAUAUGUUUGUGUUGUUGCUGUGGUCUUAUCAUGACUCUUUUCUUUCUUCAUUCUCCUUUGAAAAAGAUGGCCUUCAGAAACGUGUGUUCUCCAUGUCGUAUGGACGUACCUGACAUGAGUUCAGUGGUUGUCUCUCUGUAAAGACUCUUCAUCCCACACAGAAGCAGGUUAAAUGUUGCCCUGAGAUUCCUUCCCCAUGUGCUGCUGUCUGCCAUGUUAUCCUGUCAUGGGAUUUCUGUUAGCGACUGCAUUUACUCUAUCAAUGUGUGUGUGUAUAUAGAAAGAUACCUGUUUGUAAACUUUAUAUAUAAUAUAUGUAAUCGAAGAUGCAUAUGUUAUAUAUACAUAUGUGGAUGUAUGACUUAUUUUUCCUUAUCAACAGAAUUCAGCUAC